CCACUCGCGCAGCCGCUGCCACAGUGCCACAAAUUGCGCUCGGUCCUGCUGAAAGAUGGACACAAUCUGACAUAAAACUAGACAUAUGCUAGUUUGGAGAAACUAAUCAAAUCAGCCUUGAUGUAGGUUUUAAAUAUUUUGUGGCAUCACUUUAAAAAAACAGGCGGGCAAAAAAAAACUGACUUUCUGUCUGUCAGUGACGCUCAGCCGCACAAAAACAAGCCUCUCCCGCAGCCGGAUUCCUACGGCAGACUAGCCUGAAUUUGAGCACGUUUUUUUAUUUCUGCAAGCUAGAAGAACAACUCGGCGUCCUAAUGCAACCAUCAUGAUCUCUGAACGGUAAUUUUAUUUUUUAUUUUUUUUAUCUCGGUGAUCCGACUCAGAUUGGAUUGCAGCGCGUGACGGGUGUUGCGUUGUGGGGAGGAUGCAUCGGAGAUUCUGGAGGCUGAAUCAGUGCUGUCACUGGAGAAAUGUGACUCAGAACCGCAGUGUGGAUUUGUUCUGGUGUUGUCAGGCGACUGACUGGCUGUAGUGUCUCAGGUGUGUUGAUCGCAGCAGGAAAGCGGAAAAGUGCUUCUGAUUGAGGGACUGCUUCUUCUGUGCAUGUCAGUGUUCAUCUGCCAAAUCAUGGAUGAAGGUUUUUGCAUGCUAUAAAAUGAUGAAAUAAUCAUGCAAUUGCUAUUGAUGGAUUGAUUUCUGCACAGAUGUAACACCCAUGCAGCCUUCUGAUGAGGGUCCUACAGACCUGCUGCUAUUUAUAGUAGGAGGGGUUGCUGAGGAGUGCUAUGUCAGAUUUCCUCCCUCCUUCUGUUCACCACUUUUCCUCCAGUAUGGCAGCUCUGUGUGUUCUGUGUUUUCUCCACUUUCCUCAAAGUUAACUUGGGAAAUUUCAGCAGCAUCAAAGCCUGCUCUCUGUUGGAAUCACACUCAAGAAAACCUUCAAAAGGAGAGCAGCGCCUUUCUUGUCCGUCUCUGUCCACAUCUAUGCUGGGUGACACAGCAUAAGCAUUAGAAGCGUGGGAAGAAAAUGUUCACACCUGUUAGGCUUAUUAGCGUUCAUCAUUUCUGCCCACUGUCAGCAGGCACUGAGGUGAGACAGAGAUGCUGAUGUCCUCGUUUCUCCAGGGCCUGCUCCUCGUUGGGACCUGCCUCCGUGGAGCCCCCACCCAUCUCCCAGACUUCAGCCACCUGCAGCCGGACGUCUCCUGUGAAGGGCACUGUGCCGGCCCGAUAACAACAACUAGGUUAACACACACCACUGAGCUGGUGUCCUCAGAUGAGGGUUUGAUUGGUCUGAAUGUAGGUGCAGGCGGAGCGACCGGGCCCCAUGAGGGACCUGAGGGGAUAGAGUUAGUGACGCAGACAGAAAAUGAGGGCAGUCUUGUGAGGGAAGCUGGAGAGGUGUUGAGCCAGCGGAGGGAAGUAAAGCAGACUGAAAGCACAUCCGAGAAGGAAGACGCAGAGAUUCAAAACAAGAAUGGACCGGUCAGGUAUGAGUUGCUGAGUCCUACAGGUGGGAUAGCUGAGGAGAGGGAGAAGCUGUAUGCUUCUGUUGGAGGUGAAGACUCAGAACCAUCUUUCAGAGAGCCCUUAUCACCUUACACUCCCCUCUGGACCCCCAAACUGGCAUCCUUCAGUGCCACCCCUCCCUUGAUGUUUGUCACAUCUCAGGCCUCCACACCUGUAAAAACGUGGAGCCACGAUGGAGGUACAACGUCCUCACCGUCAGAUCCUAUUUUCCCUGAAAUCGGACCGAACUUGAUGCCCAGAGACGAUGGCCUGGAAAGUCUGUGGACGGAAGCAGCGAGACCUGCAGGAGCCGACACUGCCGCGCCGCAGUCUCAGGAAGAAGCCACAGAGGUGACGAUGUCAUCCGAGGCUCUUUCUCUCAUCUUUGAGCCUUUUGAAGACGUGACAUCAGAGGCGGUGGUGGCGGCUGUCCCCGUGCCAGGCAGCUCUCAGUCUCCUGCUGCCAUGGCGACCAGGCAGCUGGACCAGCUGGUCAGACAGGAGACUGACAGCGACGGGCCCUCACAAGGCCCACCCGCCCCUCCACCAGACUGGACCUCACCUUGGCAGACAUCUGGCUCUGAGCUCCUGGAGCCAGUCAGCUCCUUGGGUCCUACUACUGCACAGCGGCGGGCCGAACCAGAACCAGAGGGUCGUCCAGAGAAAGCCGUUGUACGAUCAUCCAACUUUGGAGAGAAUGUGCCCUCGGCCGGCCCCUCCCUCUCAUCCCUCCAGCACGCUAUGACGACUGUAACCAUGGCAACCCACCAGCUCCUGCACAAAUCCAGAUCAGGGCUGGAUGAGAUGGAUUCUGAGGAGGAGCCUGAUGAGGACGAUGACGAGGAGAACUCUGAGGAAUCGGUGGAGGAGGAGAGCGAGGACGACCUGACAGAGACACCUAAGACGUCCUCGACACAGCCGCCGUACAGUCUCAUCCCUCCACCUCCUGUCUGGGUUCAGCGGAACCAAGGAUUGAUGCGUAGCUGGCUGGAGCUGAUCAGAGAGAAGGCUGGUUACGUGUCUGGGAUGCUGGCCCCAGUGGGCGUUAGCAUCACAGGGGCCCUGCUCAUUGUCGGAGCCCUCUACAGCAUCAGAAUGAUCCACCGUAAAAGGAGGAACAGCUUCAAACAUCAGCGGCGGAAGACCAGACAACCAGAGGAACCCCGAGAGCCCAGCGCCAGCUGUCAGGAUCAAGCCAUGCUGCUCGCCGACAGCUCCGAAGAUGAAUUCUGAGGUCACGACCCCACAACGUCCAUGCUUCUUUUUGUUUGUGGUCGUCGGCAGAAGCCUCGUCGCUUUACAAUCGUCCUAAUCGCAUUGUUCUGGUUGGGUUCACCUGACUUACAGGUUGGGACUGUGGCGGCACACGGGUCGGCUUUUAUUCCUACGUAGGAAACAAUCCAGAGCUCUUCUAAAUGUUGUCACGUCAGUCCAGUAAUCAGAAGCCUGACGCAGAUCAGCAAGGCAAACCUGACGCUGAAUGCUUCGUUAUGCUGACUCUUAUUUAAAGAACUGGAUUCUAAAGGCUGUAACGGGCCAAGCAGAGAAAGAAAAGAGGGAAAACAUCUUUUCAGACAAUAUUUCUUUUUAUUUUAAACGAUUUCUCAACUGCUUUUGCAUGGUUAUGAUUAUUGUCUUGUUGGCCUCAGACCAAAGCAGCCGAUGGUUUCUAAAAACUGGUGUUUGAUGUGUUCAUGUGCUACGUGAGGCAGGUCCAUUUAACUAGCUAUAUCUGUGACCAGAACUAACCCAGCCACAUAACUCACGCCUUUAAAUGCAAUGAGCCAAAUAUUAAGACAAUAAUCAGAAAUUCACCCCGCUCCCCAUAUCAAAAUCUAUGGCAAACGGUUGCCAAUGGUGCAACGGGUUUUAUUUACAGUUGUGUUUAAAAAAAAUGAUGCAAAGACUCAACAUUUACAGCGUUGGUCCCUCUGCUCCAGCAUCACCACACUGCUAAUCCACACGGUCCUGACGGAUGGCAGCCCAUUGUUUAUCAUCAAUGCGAGAGGUUGCUUCUGCAGGACCACAGUGAGUCUAGGGAUUUUCCUGGACAUCAACCAAAAAUGUUAAUUUUUUUGCGUCACUAACUUAUCACUUAAACUUUUUGACACUGUUGAAGUCAUUUAGUUGGGAUGUUGGGAGGAGUUCCUCUGGGAGGACGUUUAGGCACCAUGUUUUUCUCUGUUAUGAGGCAAAACUAAUGGAUGAAUGAGGAAAAGGUGAGCGCUACUAUCAGUCAUGCAUUAUGUCAACAGUAACGCAACUAUUCAUGGUGCCAAACCAAGGUGGUGAACUCAUGCCCCUUUCACACUAGCAUCGGCUCCACACCGCCUGAAUAGUCCCAGUCAGCCAAAGCCUGGCCCGGUUGAUUCCACGCAUCUUUGCUCCUAGGUAAUCAGCAUGAUUAUGCCGCAAGCCCAGGUGGGCUGAUUCUUCCCACGAAUCGGAGGCUUCCCCUAAUGGAAGGUGUGGAUUUGAGCCGGUUUAUCAGUCAGCAGUGGGUGUGUUGGCCCUGGUCAGCCUGAAGCAGACCAUCUCAGGAAGAGGGCUGAAAAACAGUCCGGUUGUACCCUGAAAAAAGGCAGGCUGUGCUAGAAACUCUCUAUGCUAUCCAGACCAUGCGGAGCCGAUGCUAAUGGGAAAGAGGCAGUUCACCACCUUGGUUUGGCACCACGAAUAGUUGCAGGAUGAUUCACUGUUGAUAACACAGUGAGGUAGUGCAGUCCCAGUGUUACAGAUGGGGACACCCUGGACCUUGUUGUCUCAAAAAAGACAAAAAGGUGAUCCAUCAGAUGGACAACUCUCCUUGGCUCUGGACACAUCAGUCUGUCCCUGAUAUUAUUGAAGUGAUAUCUUCACACCAGAACAUCCUCCAAAGGUCAGCAGAUGUACUCACUCUCACAAACCAGCGAUAUGCCAAUCCCAGAGCUGGAUCACAUCUAGGAGACUGUUCCGCUUGCUGGAUGUUUUUGACAUUGCUAAAGCUAAAGGCUACGUUAAACCAUCCUCAAAACUUUUGGCUACAGGUGUAGUUCAGAUCUAAAUCAUUUGAAAAGUAGGAAAUACAUCCUGACAUCACUUCUAUAUCGAACUGAAUUUUACAAAGAAAACAAAGAUUAAACAGAUAUUGAAGUUGAACAAAAGCACUUAGAAGAGCUGCUCACAUCCACACUGAUCACCACAAAAAGGCUCAAGUCAUUAAUGAUGGAAUGUAUAAAACAAUCUAAUCACAUAUGUAUAAAUAUGUGUGUAAAUAGCUUUACUUAUCACUAAACCUUUAACAAUACUUUUGUUGUAGAAGUUUGAAGGUAAUUUGCCACAAAGGAAAAAAAUCAAAGGUUAAUAAAAAUACUUGAUAUUUUGAGUUGAAUGGAUAGCAAAUUUUAAUUUAAUCUAACUCAAGGUUUAUGAGUAGAAUUUAUUAAAUUUAAUUUCUAAAGACGUAGAAUAUUUUGUUUUGCAACUCAAAAUUUUUGAGGCAAUUGAUCACCUCAAAAAUUUUGAGUUGUGGGAACUUUUUUGGUUUAGUGUGGUAACUAAAAUAUUUUGAGUUGAUUGGAUGAGCAAUUUUAAUUUAAUAAACUUCAAAUGUAUGAGUAAAUUUUAUUAAGAAAUUUAAUUUUUGAAAACUUAAAAUUUUCAGUAUCAAAACUCAAAAAAAUUGAGGCAAUUGAUUGCCUCAAAGUCUUUGAGUUCUGGGAACUUAUUCGGGUUUACAGUGUGGUAUUAGCUGGUCCCAUUACCAGGUUUACUUUUUAUUUCUAAAAUAGAGAUUUUAAGACUAAAUACUUUUCAUUCUGGUUCUGCAGGUUUCUGCAUAAUGCAACAAAAUCAGAGUCCAGGUUUAUUUUUUUCUCUCCAUCUGAACAAGUUCUCUAAACAUAAACUCAAAAUGACUGAAUUAUUUCAUUGAACCUAACUAGUUAAUUUGAGUUAAUUUCUCUGUAAUGUGCUUUUAUUUGAUUAUCAGUGUGAAUUAAUUUGAUGUGAUGUAAUAUACUUUUUUAAAACCCAAAGAGCCGAUGCUUGAUUUAACAGAGUUGUGGAAAUACUAAUAGAAGUUGAUAGCACAAAUAUUUAUAAUUUUUUUAAAAAGAUGUUGCAUAAAGCACUCUAAUGUACAGAAUGGCUCCUUUAGUUUGUUUUCUAAAAAGCAGGAUUUAAAUUUGGAUUUUUGAAGUGAAGUACUCGUUUCACGCUUUUACACUCACCAGGGACAAUACAGCAGAAUUCAUGAAAAGAUCGGUUUGUAGAAACUAGUUCUGUACAAAGUUCAGCUCUAAAUGUAAUUAUGUUUUAUGCAAUCAUGUUUUAAUUAAAUAAAUGAUUCAAUUUCCUUUUCCUGUUGAAACAAACAGAAUAGAAGCAAUAAAACAAUUAUAAACAAGGAUGUGAUUUAAAGGCAUCUGUUGGGAAAAAAGAUCACCUACAAUGUUGUCACCUUUUCUCUCGCUGUCAGACACGUUUCCUGCAUAAAUGCCUGUAAAUAAGCAACAAUACAGCAUUUAUUAUGUGUGAUGUAAAACAGUGGAUGUUGUCGGUCUCUUCCUGUGAAAACCAAACAGGCUGCAGUCAAAUAAAAAGAUCUUCUACAUGUCCGAUUGGGAAUUUCCUUUAAAUCCAGCAUUGGUGUGUUUUUAAAACACAACACAGACAAAACAGUUUUACAGCAUUAAAAAAAUUCAAAUAAUUUAUUUCUGUGUUUCUUUUCCCCACGUUAAAUAAAAGCAUUUCCAGAUUAAAGAAAAAGGACAAGACAGCGGGGGUGUAGAAGAGGAACAGAGAUAACAAACAUGCAAAACUCAACAUUUCGCCCCCUUUUCCUGCCUUGAGGUUCUCGGUGGAGGCGGCGCCGGCCGAAUCACAAAGCCAGCAGGAAGCCCCGUGUGGUCGGUCGUGUUGUUGGUAAAAAAAAAGAAAAGAAAUCUGAGUGACGAGCCGUUUUCUGGGGGGGAUUUAAAACAGAACUGCCCUUGCGGUCAGGCCCAAACGGACUCAAACCGCUGGGGAGUUAUGGCUAAACACUAACGAUGGAACCCUUCAAUCUGUAAUCUGGAUUAUAACUCGGCUGCAACGCCCGUAAAGAUUCAUAAAUUCCACAAAGUUAAGUCUGAGGUGGAAAAAAAAAAUGCUUUUAGCCAUUCUGAAGCUCGUCUGUCUAAAGGUUAUAGCUCAUCCCUGAUAGACUGAUGAGCUAACUGCUAGUCUGAAGGCAUUUCUCAUAACUUAACAGGCCCAGGUAGAAUUUCUAAACAUUUCUGCCAAAAUAUCCAUGUGAAUGUUUAUAAAACAACAUUUGCAUUAGCUGCUGAAGCCCUUCUAUGGUGGCAGAAAUCUGCUUUGAUCCUGGCAGCGCUUCGACUAGCCGUUAGCUCAUCAAUCGUGCCAAAACAGGAAAAGAUGGUCACUGUUAGAAACUUUUACACAAGAACCCACCUUGAAGAUGGGUGUAAAGACAUAAAAUAAGCUGCUCCUGCAGACAGCUGAUUCAGAGGGAUCCCAAAGUCGGAUAAAACAGUCUCUGGUUUGACUUCAUCAGUGAAAAAGAUCAAAGGAAACAGUGGAUUUAAAACCCGCCAACAGUGUGAACUGUUUCAGAUGAGCAGCUAUUAGAUCUCUAAGGUGUUCAGAUUGUUUUUGAAAUCUUCACAUCACACCUCUGGGUGAGUUAAAGUAGCACAGAAACUGAAAAACAAACAAGUCGGCCUCAAACCAGAACAAUGAGGGGGGAGAAAAAAAACACUCAAAACAUUCCAUGAAUAGAACACUUUUAUACAAAUCUGACAAAAGGUAAAAUAAGUGAUCUGAUCUGUUGCUGCAAACACACAAACCCCCAUCGAUGUGGCGGCAGAUCGGCCGAAUAAACCCCGAAAGCGUGUAGUGUCAUUCAGCUAAAACGCACCAUGAAGGUUUGUUCGGAGUUUUGCACCGUUGUCGGAAUACUGUCGACACACA